GGGGUCAAACGUCAUCGGUCACGUUGAGGCAAUAGACCACGCCUCCAGGUUUAAAACCGCGGCUAUGCUGAACCUCAGUGGGAGGGUGAGGCGCGUGCAUGGCUCCGGGAGGACUACGCCAACUUCCAAACUCCGUGAAGGUUCAGAUCCGUCGGUAGAGCAGGGCGAGCGGUCCACAUGGUGCGUCCUUCACCUACCCCACGGAGGGGAGCGAGGUGAAGGCUCCGGACGAUUGAUCUGAAUGCGGACUUUCGGACCCGAUGGAUUACGGCAAGGCGAUGCCCCCCCCGGUGCCCCCCCACAACCUCCCGGCCCCCCGCACGGGCCCCCAGGAACGGCUCCUCAAGUGCGUCCUCCUCGGUGAUGGAGCGGUGGGCAAAACCAGCCUGGUGGUCAGCUACACCACCAACGGAUACCCCACCAGAUACGUCCCGACGGCUUUCGACGACUUCUCCGCUGUAGUUCAGGUGGACGGAACCCCAGUCAGACUACAGCUUUGUGACACUGCAGGACAGGACGAGUUCGACAAGCUGCGUCACUUCUGCUACAGCCGCACGGACGCGCUGCUGCUGUGCUUCAGCGUGGUCAGCCCCGCCUCCUUCCAGAACGUGUGGGAGAAGUGGGUCCCCGAGGUGCGGCGGCGCUGCCCCCAGGCGCCGCUGCUGCUCGUGGGGACGCAGUGCGACCUGCGGCAGGACGUCAAGGUGCUGAUCGAGCUGGCCCGGCGCCGGGAGCGCCCGGUCCCGGAGCAGGACGCCCGCGCCCUGGCGGACAAGGUGGGCGCCGUGGGCUACGUGGAGUGCUCGGCGCUGACCCAGAAGAACCUGAAGGAGGUGUUCGACGCCGCCAUCGCCGUGGCGAUGCGGCAGGCGGAGCGCCGCGCGCGCCGCGACAGGAAGGUGCGCAGCACGGCCGACAAGAUGAGGACGCUGUCCAAGGCCUGGUGGAAGAAGUACGUGUGCGUGCAGUAGGGCGAACGAGGGGCGGGCGAGGGGCGAACGAGGGGCGGGCGAGGGAUCACCAAAAAGGAGGAGCCGGGAACUGGACUCUGGAUUGGUUGAGCUGGGUCUGGCCUUGUGUGGGAGGAGCCUGAGCCUCGACAGACGGACGGACGGACAGAGACCUGUGUGAUUGAGCUGAUUUCCAAGUCAACGGCGCCCUCGUCUGAAUCGAUUCCUCCUGGAAGCGGUCCGAGCUCUGACUCUGUGGACGCUCUGAGCGAGUCCAGCGCGCUCUCAUGAACCCAGAGCCCCCCGGUGCGAGGGUUCAGCAGCCCAGAGAGUCCGUGGGACGCGCUCUGCUUCCAUUGUUUGUACUCAAAGUAUAGUCCCUCACUUAGAAUUGCCAAAUAUGACACCUUUCUUAACUAAAUAUAUACGUUUUAUGUGCUACUUACUGUUAUUCUUUCCUGCCUCUCUUAAUAGAUUGAAUUUUAUAUAUUAUUGAUUAUAACAGAAUUAAAAAUCAGACAUUAGUACUUUGUAAAAGAGCUGUAUACAAACUAGGCUAAGGUCCCUUUACCUUGAAAGAUGCACAAAUCAUAUUCAGUUCAACCAAAGCUUCACCUUGUUGCCUGAAGAAUCACAGAAACGUUGAUGUGUCAGUGAUUUAAAAUGUAUUCUGAUGUGGUAACUGAAUGGAUUGAGAUUCAUUCAUUUCUCCCUCCCUGGUUUACAAAUGGGCGGAUAGGAACACAUAUAUAUAUAUAUAUAUAUAUAUAUAUAUAUUGGAGAGAGGGAUCUCUCCCUCCUGAUUGGUGGGCUGUCCUGUUCUAGAGCCCGAUGGCGAUGUACUCUGGGAGGAGGUGUCAUGGCCGCCGUGUGUGUGUCUGAACCGGCAGACACACUGAACCGGGCACAGACCACUCUGAGGCUCUGGUCUCCCCCAGUAAACCCCCAGCGCAGCGCGGUCACUGGCCCCUCUCUCCGGGAAGCCCCGGGGCCCGGCCUCUGGCCCCAGCGGUAAGAGGCGUGUGCAGCCUCAGGCCGCUGGAUCCGGGGGUCCGAUGGAUGCGCUCUCUAAAACCCUGCGGCGAACGAGGUGAAAUCGCCAGAGACAGAUCCUACUUUUGCUUCUCAUUUUUCAGAAGCCCCUCAGCUGUCCUUAUUUAUCUGAUUACUUUGGGCGCGCAAACUCACACACACACACACACACACAAGCACUCACAUACAGGCACAUACAAACAGACACAAACACUCACUCACUCACACACACUCCCUCACUCCCUCUGAUCCCCAGCCUGUGUGCCAGGGUACAGGUAUCUCUGUGGAGGUCUGUCAUCACGUUGUCCCACUCUGGAUGCUCCACAAUGAGCUCAUGUUUCCACUGGUGUGACUGAUGACUGGUGUUUUGUAAAGCUUUAUGGAAGAGCUACUAAAUAAAAUGUGAACUAUGA